AUGGUCUCAACUCAUGCCUUGGGCUAUUGUAACUACUAUUGCUACUACUACUAUUAUUAUUGUUACUACAACCAUACUCACUACCACUCUCAUUACUACAUUAUUUUUUAUCUUUUACAGUCAACAGAAAAUGAUUCUUUUAAAGCUGACCCUUGGUCUAAUACACUGACUGACCUUAAAGGGAGUUACAGUCUUCAUUUUGAUCCAGUUCUUGAUGAUGUCACUGUUCUUGAUGGUCGUAUUAUUGAGAAAAUCUGCAAAAAAGCCAUCAUUGUUAUUCAUUAUAAGCAGAAAUGGGAGACUCUUAUUGAUAUUAUUCUUCGCUUCAAUGCUUUGACAAAUGAGAAAUUUGCUGAAUUUACAUUUCCUCUGUUAAUUAAUGCUCAGCAUCACCUUGAGUUAAAGUGUAAUUCUGAAAAUGUCUCAGUAGCAGCUAAUUUAGAACAACUUGUUGAAAACCCUGAUGGGAGUCUCAAUACCAAGAAAUAUUUGAAUCUACAGCUAAAAGUCUCUACAGCUAAACCUGAGCCUGUUCCUUUAGGUGCUUAUCUUGAUGCACGCAGUUAUACUAGCAACAAAGCUAAAGGUGAAGCAUCCAGCUUGAUAUCUGUGCCGAUAAAUGUUGACAGCAGUUGGAAGUACAUUCAGUCAGUUUUAGAAGAAAGUGAUUAUACAAUGCGCGCAGUGUAUCAUAGUCGACAACUUCUGCAUCUGUACAUUGCUGGAAGAUUUUAUUCACAGUGCAGCAGGUUAACUGGAGAGGAAAUUGAAAUGAGAUGUCCGUUUUUAUUUCUGGAAAAUAUUUUAGAGCCAUUACCUUCACCUGAUCUUCAUUUAAAUUUCGACUCACCUACUGAUACAAUAUCCUGCUUUAAUGCAAAUAACUUAAGUGACACUGUCAUUACAUCAUAUUCACAAGCCAUAGAACUUUUAUUGCAUAAAAAUGAGAAGGAACUUGCUGCCCAAAUGUUAUCUGAGAUGGGUCAUGUCCAAUUGAUAUCUGGAGAUAGGAAAGCAGCUUUCCAAUCUUGGAAUAGUUCUCUUGAACUAAUUCUUCGAUUAAACAAAAAAUCUGCAAGCAAUUGGAGAAGUGUCUACCAAGAUGAUAUUGAUGCUCACUUAUUGAAGACCUGUGGAAUCUGGGGUUGUCUCCUUGGAGGCACUGUUGCAGUAUUCAUUGCAAGAUACUGUAUAGUAACUGACACCAGUCAUCAGCUGGAGUUCUGCUUCUUAGCUUAUCACUUGUACAAGGCGAUUUUCUGUGGUUCCUUGCAACAUCCAACUGUUGAUGUAAAAUUUGCUAUGUACAAUGUAGGAGAUAAUUUUCUGACUCGAGAUGUCAUCUCUGACGCGCAUUUAUUUUCUGAUCACUAUCGUUGUCCUAGUAGACAACUUAUCUUUGCUCUCCAGUCAGUUAUUGAAACAUUAUAUAUCAAUGGAUAUUAUUUAAAGAUGUUGCCUCUUCUCACGUUACUUCUUUAUUUGACUCGCAGACUGUUUCAUGAUACGAAACUUUAUGUUCAGGGUCAAAUAUUUAGGCUGCAAGCUUUAACAAAUCUCCACAUGUUUACCGAAGCUACUCUGGUGUUUCAACAGUUAAUUACUGGUUAUCACUUGCCUCUGGCUAGUUUAUCUACAGCACGUUUAAUUGAACCCAGAGCAGAACACCUGGUUUUUGAUUCCUCAUCAAAUCUCACAGAUCCAGGCAACCUAAAGGUAUUGCAUUUGAUCUUGAGCAAAUAUCUGACAAACCAAUUACUUGUUUCAUAUGGACCCCAAGUGAGCAGUGAAUUAAAUCUGGCCAUCAUUAGACUUCUCAUUACACUGGCUGAGUGUAUAAAUGUCAUUCCUGAUGAAGAUGAAAGCUUUGCCACAUUAAUUAAAAAUGUACAUGGACAUGACAUUGAUAAUGGUGAUAUGAAUCAGAAUAUAUUCACAGCUAUAGAUGGUCCUGCCACAUUGGAGCAAAUCAAAGGUUUGCUUUUGUUUGUAGCAAACCACAGACUAGAAAUACUGUUGACUGAUUUGCAAUCAAAAACUGACAACAAGAUCAAAAGUUUUCCUGCUUUUCAUAUUGAUAUGAAAAUAAAAUGCGCUUUAGAACGUUCUCGGAUUUAUCAACAGAAACAUAUGUUUUAUUUUGCUGCUAAGCUUUGCUGUGAGACCAUGAAUCACAUGCAGCAACUAAAACUUCCAGACUUACCUGUAAUACCAUCAUCUCUUAGAAGCAGCAAAUCUCAAGAGAAUACCACUGAAAGCAGUGCACCUGAGGCCAAACCUAACAUUCUGCACAACACAAUUGAUGUGGAACAUUUAUCAAAGAUUGGAUCUUCACUGUGGUUACAAUGUCGUUUACAGCUGGUCAAAAGCAUGAACUCAUUUGUACCACUUGAAGAACAUUGUAAAGAAUUUGGUGAACCUUUGCUACCAGAAUUGGCAUCUGUUAUGCAGUAUUGUCAGGAAGGACAACAGGAAGCUAAAAUUUGUAAUGAUUUUGAAAAAGAAGCUGAUUUUAUAUAUAUGGAAGUACUGGAUCAGUUUAAAACGACACAUUGUACCAAGACCUGUAAUGAUAUAUGUCAGAAAGGUAUCAGUGUCAUACAGCAAUGUUCUGAAUUGUCCAGCACCGGUUUGCAAACAAUGGUCAGAUUGCUAAUGCUACAAAUUGACCUCCAAAUAAAAACAAAUGAACCACUGAGUGUUUUUACAGCUCAGUAUGCCCUGAAUGUUUAUGUUAAAGUGAAAGAACUUGUAGAAAAUAAGCUUCAAACUCUUUGCCCAAAUUUUCAAGCAAAAAAGCUGAAGAACGUAUAUUUACCAUUCUUAGAUAUAUUAGCUGAUAGUGAUCUUCGUGUUGCUCUUAUGUCUGUCAAAUAUUCUCAACACACUGAUGUUAAUGAUUUAACGAGUGUUGAAUCUAAGCAAAGAAACAAGAUUUUCAAUUCCCUUGAGUUAUUAAAUGAAGCUUUGUUGUUAAAUCGAUCAAGUAAUUCCUAUCGACCCAGUCUUAGUAUGGAGAUAUUGCUGCAAACUGGUAAAGUUCAAAGAUUGCUGUGCAGAAGCAUCCCAUCAAUUAUACCAAUCAGUUCAUUUAUUGAGGCAAUUAAAGUUGAUUAUUCUGCACAUCAUAAUAUAGUAUUGACAAAGAGUGCCUACCUUGAGAUAAGCCUGGUUUGCUUUUCUUACUUAAAAGAACCCACUAUCUUCCAAUGCCAAAGAACAAAACUAAAAACAGGGAAGAAUGAGUAUGAAAACCGCAUCGUUCUUCUGCAACCACAAAAAGAAAGAUACUUAGCAAUGCUUGCUUGGUUGGCCAUACGAACUACAGCAAUUCUUUCAAAUAAACACAUGCAAGAAAUAAGUUUAAGAGGAUCUCUGAAACUUGCAUCUCAAGCUGACAUAUCAUCAAAAUUGCUCAGCAAAAUACCAGAUUUUAUCAAUAUGGAUAUAUUUGCGAAAUAUGUGCUUGGGAAGAAAAGGAUAAAAUUUGAAAGUGAAUUUGAUAAAGAAUAUGCUGAAAUGAUGAAGAACCAGCCUCAGAAGUUUGAGAGUACAGAAUCUGAAGAAGAACAAAUGAAGAAAAUUAAAGCUAUAAGCUCCUCAAAGAUUUCAUGGAUGCAUAUAUUUUCUUACUUGGUUUCUUUGUCUGAUGAACUUUACCAAACUAUUGUUUCUGCCAAUGAAACUUUUCAAGAAGACACUUCUGAAUCUGAUGAAGCACCAGAAUCAUUUUAUAAAACUUUCAUGUAUUCUAUGCCACUUGAUCAGUCCAUAAGGCUACAAUAUACUAAUACUUAUUCCUUUCUUAGUAACAAUUUUUCAUUAUUUACUCGGCAUUGUUCCACUAUUAACAUUCCGGCUGAAGUUGAAGAGUUGGCUAUCACAUUAAAUCAUGUCCUGGAAGAGGAUCAAAAUAUCAUAUCUGAAUCAUUGAAAGCUCUAAAUCUUGAGAAUUGUUCAGCAAAAGGUUUAUUACAAGAUUCCCCGAGUGUAAAUCAAAAACCUACCUCCAUGUUCCCUUGGUCCAUGACAUAUCCUAAAUCUGAGGAAGUAUGUUUCCAGUGGUAUAGUCCCUUAUUUGAGUCUCUGUCUCAAAAAAACUUACCAGAUCAUUCUGAGUCAAACAAUAUGCAUCUUCUUUGUUCCAUGACUAAAAAGGUUAAACAAGAUGAGUACCAAUGCUACACAAACAAUUUCAUAUUGCCACGCAAAUUUGCUGUUGAUCUUUACAAACGCAUCAAGAAAGCCAUACAUAUGAAGGAAAUAGCUGAGAAACCUUUGAAUUCUAAACCCAGAAAACCUGUUCUCCAUUCAAGAAAGUCAUUUGGUUCAUUUUCUUCAGAUGCUGAAACCCAAGACUAUCAGAGACAUGUGUUAUCAAUUCUGCAAGAAAUUCAGAAAUUAUUUGCACCAACAUCGAGAUACUCCAUUUCCCAAAUGCCAUUUGAAGAAACCAACUUAAACCACCUCCUGGAACUCUUUAAUGUCAAUGUGGGAUCACACCUUAUUACUGGAGAACUUGCUGUUUGGUUAACUAAUCUUGUUUUCUCGGAAAAGACUUAAAUGUAAUUGCUAAUGUUAUCUGAAUAAAAUGCAUUCAAUUAUA